AUGUUGGGGGUGGAAAUGUACCAGAGUUUGGCUCUGGGACCUCAGAGGCUGACAGACUGUUGCUACAGAGAACGGGAAACUCCAGUUCACCGGCCACUGUUCCCCACCACAUGCGAAAUGGCAGCCAGAGCACCAGCCAGGCUAGUGGGCCCACCCCUUUCCAGUGAGGACGCAGGAAAAGCACAAGGCAACGUUACAAUGGAGCUGGAAAAUGCAUUGCUGUGGAAACAAUUCAGCAGUGUGGGGACUGAAAUGAUCAUUACAAAGACUGGCCGUCGAAUGUUUCCUCAGCUCAGAGUGAAACUGUCAGGAUUGAAUCCCUCUUUGCGCUACAUGCUCUUGCUGGAAGUGGUCCCGGCCGACGCAUCACGCUACCGUUUCCAGGGUGAAAGCUGGCAGGCUGUGGGUGGAGCAGAGGCCAGACUUCCCGAUCGUGUGUUCAUACACCCAGACUCUCCAGCCACAGGGGCACACUGGCAGGGCAGGGUCAUCUCCUUCCAUCAUGCUAAACUGACCAACAACACGCUAGACACCCGUGGACAUAUCAUUCUUCACUCUCUCCAUCGCUACCAGCCCCGUCUACACGUGAUUGAAGCGAGGGAUGUACUAAUGUGGGGAGGAGGAAGGCACUCCUUUGUCUUUCCCGAGACACAAUUCCUCACCGUCACGGCCUACCAGAACAGCAAGAUUACUGAGCUGAAGAUUAAUUCCAACCCUUUUGCCAAAGGAUUCCGAGAGAAUGGCAUGAACUGCAAAAGGCAACGAGAAGCUAGAACUAAGCGUAAAAUGAACAGUCAAUCAACACAGCAGACUGACUCACUGGAUAUUGUGUCCUGUGAUCCAUGUGAUUCAACUGAACUGAUUUCCCGGUCCACCACAGACCUCCAGGACCUUUCUGUACCUGCCCUCCCAAUCUCCAGCACUGUUUGUAGUUACAGCCCAGAUACCAGCACAUUCCAGCAGGCGCCUGUCUCAGAAGAGUCCCUGGGUCUUGGCCAAGCCUUCAUAUCACCACAGAUAUCAGAGAUUACAGCACCCACUGAAAAAACACCAACAACUUCAGAAAAUGAUGAUAACAAGCAACUAAUUGAGGAGUCAGCCCAGAUGAUUCUACCGCUGCCCUCACCUACUUCCUACCCAUCUCUCCCUACCUCCAACUCCCCACAAGAUCUCCUUAGCCCCCAAACCCCAUCAAGUUCCUCCUAUCCAUCACAACCACCCUCAUAUCAAUCUCUACAUAUUCCUGGAUCCAACAAUACCUCACCCUCUCUCCAUAAUCCAUCACUCAUUCAAACUCUUCCAUCCUCUACCUUUCCUUCCUUGGCAUCUUCCACCUCAGUCCAUGCCCCUCCUUCAAUCCCAAAUCCCUCAUUUCCCUCUGCCUGCUAUUCAUUGUCCUCAUCGACACCUUCCUUUACAUCCCUCCCACCAUCAAACGUUUCCCACGCCUCAUCCUCUCAUCCGAAUCACCCUCUACCUCCAACCGGCUAUCCUCAUUUCCCCACAUCCACACCGGCUGCAUAUCCCCCUGUGCCUCCCACUGAAAUUGGCUCAUUUUCGCAGUUCAACACCACCUCCCCCUAUCUUUCAGAGAUGGUGCUCCAUCCUUCUCUCAUGCCAACCCUGGAGCCCUCGCUCCCCUCCUGUCUCCCUCCCUCUUCUCCUGCUCAAGCUGCCCUUUAUUCCUCCUUUCCCUCCUACCCCCUCAGACUAUGCCAGGAUCCCCGGUCCUCCUUUGCCAUUCCAUUCAGGCACAUCUAUGGGCAGCAUCGGCACGGACACGCUCACAGCCAGGGCCCCUACCUGGAGAUGGGAGCGAGGGCUGUGUUUUGA